CAGAAGGAUCUGGAAUCAUCCUUGUUCUUAUUUUCUCACGUCAAUAUUCCUCCUUUCGUAGAUAUACCACAAUCCCACAAAUACAAUCUUUUUUUUUCUAGUUUCAAAGAAGACAGUAUCAGAAAUUUUUCCUUAUCGCUCUACUUUUGUUUGUGCUUAACGGAGAUUAUAUCUGCGGUUGAAGAAGACUCGAAGGUUAACAAAACGUGCUUAAUUUCUGGGUUACUACAAGUACAAGGAAUCGGCCAUGGAAGAAGCAAUUGCAUCGAGGUACUGGUGUCACAUGUGCUCUCAAACUGUGAAUCCAGUAAUGGAAGCUGAGAUCAAAUGCCCCUUUUGUCGGAGUGGGUUUAUUGAAGAGAUGCAAGAGGAACAAGAUUCUUCAGAUACCAACGAUCAGAGAGCAAACCAUUCUCUCUGGGCUCCGAUCUUGAUGGAACUCAUGAACGGUCCUGUGCGUCGCUCAAGGAACCAGAGUGCUGAGUCUGUUGAAGAUAAUCAGAACGAGGCAGAGGCUGAGAAUGAAACCGCAAAUGGUAGAGAAAACGAUUUGGAUUGGCAGCUUCAGGAGAUUCUUAGGAGAAGGAGAAGACAUUCCUCUUCGCUUUUGCAGUUGCUUCAGGGGAUACGAGCAGGGUUAACAGCAGAAUCUGAGAGCAAUGGAGACAGAGAACGCGUGAUCUUGAUCAAUCCGUUCAAUCAAACUAUCAUGGUUCAAAGCUCUGCUGGUAACACGGAUUCUGUAUCUGCUGGUUCUUUAGGAGACUAUUUCAUCGGUCCUGGAUUCGAGAUGUUGCUUCAGCGUUUAGCAGAGAAUGAUCCCAACAGAUAUGGAACACCUCCAGCUCGGAAAGAAGCUGUUGAGGCUUUGGCUAGUGUGAAAAUCGAAGAGACUCUGCAAUGUUCGGUGUGUUUAGAUGACUUUGAUAUUGGCACCGAGGCAAAACAGAUGCCGUGUGAGCACAAGUUUCAUGGUGAAUGCUUGCUCCCAUGGCUUGAGCUCCACAGUUCAUGCCCGGUUUGUAGAUACCAGUUACAUGCAGACGAAACAAAGAGUGAGUCAGUAAGAAGAGAAACAAAUGACAACAAUGGAGUCAGUAAUGCUUCUGCUACAAGCAGCAGCCAUGGAACUGAGGACAGCGAUGGAAACCGCCGUGAAGAUGAAGAAGAAGAAGAAGAAGAAGAAGAAGAAGAAGAGGAUGAGGAGCAGAACGAUGAUGGUACUAGGAGCGGAUUCUCGAUCCCAUGGCUGUUUGGCAGCUUGUUCUCGUCGUCCCAAGAUAGCAGCAAUCCAUCGACGGGUACAAGUUGAAACAUGUUUACUGAGCAACAAGAAGCUUGAUAUGAUCAUGAACCUGUUCUUGCCUGUGCAUAAGUUUCUCGGAUUUGGUUGAUUUUACUAUUUUUGGAAAACAAAAAAUCUAUAUCAAUUUGUGUUUCUUUUUCUGUAAACUUCUUAUUGGAUAAUUCUGGUAAGGUCGCCUGUGGUUUUAAUUUUUUGAUCAACUAAAUCCACUUUUUUAAGUUUAGUUGAGUAUUUCUUUGAUAAAAUGGGUGGCUACAG